AAUUUUCAAGGAGUGAUUUGACAUCAUUGUUUGACUGGAAUCUAUGAAGCAAUUUACAGAGUACCAGCCAGCGUCUUGGGAAAGUGGUACCAGCUUUGCCAGACGCUAAAACUCAAAUUCGCGGCUAUUUUAGUAAUUAGCCCCGACUCUUCCGCUACUCAAAUCCCUCGAAACUACAUCUCCCAGCAUGCUCUGAAGCUGGUCUGACUUCAUCUCAAAUGGCCCCGUAGGGCAACAAUGGUUAGUUUUGACUGUGCUUAUUUGUGCUAUAAAAUAUCGAUCCUAAUUGGCAGCUAUUUGGGCUUUUAUAUCUGCCGACCUCCGUUUUUGAACUGUAGUCACUAAAUGUAGGGGUUCUGGCCUGAGAAGGCCCAUGCAUUUCUUCAAUUGGAUGGGGAGCAGGGACAGUGUCACCGGCGAUCUUGAAACUAGGAGGGAAUGUUGACCAGGGAGCACCGCUGCGGCCGAUCAGAGGAGCAGGAACCGGAGCCCGGGCUGAGCCCGAAAAAAGCCGGAAUCGGACGGUGGCUCCGGAACGGCUGUAAGUGGAAGAUGGAGGAGCCGGAGGAACCGGCGGACGGUGGGCAGUCGCUGCCCCCGGUUUACAUUUACAGUCCCGAGUAUGUUAGCAUGUGCGACUCCCUGGCCAAAGUCCCCAAACGGGCCAGUAUGGUACAUUCCUUGAUUGAAGCAUAUGCACUGCAUAAGCAAAUGAGGAUAGUUAAACCCAAAGUGGCCUCCAUGGAGGAGAUGGCCACUUUCCACACUGAUGCCUAUCUGCAGCAUCUCCAGAAGGUCAGCCAAGAAGGAGAUGAUGAUCAUCCAGACUCCAUAGAAUAUGGACUAGGUUAUGACUGCCCAGCCACUGAAGGAAUAUUUGACUAUGCAGCAGCUGUAGGAGGGGCUACAAUCACAGCUGCCCAGUGCCUAAUUGAUGGAAUGUGCAAAGUAGCGAUCAACUGGUCUGGAGGGUGGCAUCAUGCAAAGAAAGAUGAAGCAUCUGGUUUUUGUUAUCUCAAUGAUGCUGUCCUGGGAAUAUUACGAUUACGACGGAAAUUUGACCGUAUUCUCUAUGUGGAUUUGGAUCUGCACCACGGAGAUGGUGUAGAAGAUGCCUUCAGUUUCACCUCCAAAGUCAUGACGGUGUCCCUGCACAAAUUCUCCCCAGGAUUUUUCCCAGGAACAGGUGAUGUGUCUGAUGUCGGCCUAGGGAAGGGACGGUACUACAGUGUAAAUGUGCCCAUUCAGGAUGGCAUACAGGAUGAGAAGUAUUACCACAUCUGCGAAAGUGUACUAAAGGAGGUGUACAUAGCCUUUAAUCCCAAAGCAGUGGUCUUACAGCUGGGAGCUGAUACAAUAGCUGGGGAUCCCAUGUGCUCCUUUAACAUGACUCCAGUGGGAAUUGGCAAGUGUCUUAAGUACAUCCUUCAGUGGCAAUUGGCAACGCUCAUUUUGGGAGGAGGAGGCUAUAACCUUGCCAACACGGCUCGAUGCUGGACAUACUUGACCGGGGUCAUCCUAGGGAAAACACUAUCCUCUGAGAUCCCAGAUCAUGAGGUGUUGGAAGACAUAGUUGAAGAAAUCUCUAAGAAAACAAUUAAUAGGUAGAGAGAUGAGAAAUUGAAAAGAGAAAAAUAUGAAAAUUAAACAAUUAAUCCAUGAGGUCCAACAUCCAAUAAAAAUAAUUCCUGAGAAGAAAAUUAAGGAGAGGAAAUUAUCAAAGAAAUAAUAAAAGAAAAUCUCCCCCAAACCUAAGGACAUAAAUUUCCAGACUGAUAGGGCCCACUGGUUGCCCAGCACCAUAAAGGAAAAACAGAUCUCAAGUCAUAUUAUAAAACUUUAGAGCAAAGGGGAAAAGAAAGUAUUCUAAAAGCUAUAAAGCUUCUAGGGAGAAAAAUUUGGGGUCACACAAAAAGGUUCUAAAAUCAGCAUGGCUUUGGACUUCUUAUCAACAAUAUUGAAAGCUUGAAGACAUUGGGCCUUGAAUUCUAUAUGCAGCCAAACUACCAAUCAAUUGCAAGGAUAGAAUACAGACAUUUUCAGGCAUGCAAGUUCAGGAAUCUUGGAGUAGGUACCCAACAAAAUGAGGGCAGUAAAUCCAGAAAGCAGAAGACAUAUGAUCCAGGAAACAGAGGAUCCAAUGCAGGAGAGAACAGCAGGGAUUUUUCAGGAUGGUAGUGAGGAGAAGGUCCCAUAUACCAGCUGUACAUAGGCCUAGAAAUCAAACAGUCCAAAUUGGAGAGCUUCAAGGGAAAGGUUCUGAGGAGAAGAUGGAAUUCACAGAUUGCCUGGUGUGGUUGACAAUACUGAGAAGAAUAUUACAGUUUUGUCAAAGAGUGUGGCAUGAGUUAGUGAUAAAGACAUAGGAAUUGAUACACAUUAAGGAUAAGUACAUAGAAAGCUAAACAACAUAUAUAAGGUGAGGUAAUUAUUAAUUCCAGGAAAAAAAUUUCCAGGGAAGGAAAAGUAGCCAUACUAUAUAGCAGCUGGCUCAGCUGUGUACAGUAUUUGUUGUCACCAUAACUUUAAACACUGAAUGUUAAUUUGGCCAACAAUUCUGAGAUAAUUAAAUGUGCAGUAUGAGACAAAGUGAAAUGUGUGUGUAGAUGGAUGCGGGAGAUAGUAGUAGGACUCAAUUAUACUCUUUCAUAGAAGGAAGUCAGUAGAGCGUAUCAAAUAUUGAAAAACAACUACCAAUCUUCUCAUUUUAUUUGAAUAUAUACAGGGAAAUACUAGAAGUGACUAAAAGAAUGAAAUAUGGCUGUUUGUUGGAAGUAGAAAUUGGAAAUGUGAAGGGUUAAGUUAGAGAACUACUGUGUGUCAUCGUAAGACUUAGGUAAUGUUUGACUUUGUAAACUAUGUGCAUGUUAUUAAACUAUUACUUUGAUCAAAAUACAAAUGAAAUAAAUAAAAGUUAAGGGUCAUAUCAAGAUGUACCAUGUAAUCCUAGUUCAAAUGCAAUGCCCCCUGGGAUAAACUGUUAAAGGAAAAUAACAGCUCAUGGUAAAAGUAAAAAGAUACCUAGCUUUUUAAUGGUAGGAGAGCUUUAUGGCAUUUUUACUUGCCCUUGUCCUACUCCCAUCCCAACUGGGCAGCACUCUCAAAAAUAUGUUCCUAGCGUAGGACCCUGGACCAUGGUUCAAGAGGGAAGAGAGUAGACCUUAUUUGAAAAUUACUGUGUAGAUCUAUUCUAACCUGUCAGGGGCUACCUGAAUGACAGAUGCAGGGUACUCAUCUCUGUUACACCUAACUUGAAACCCAACUAGGUCAUAAAAGUGGUGAGCAUUGCUUGAAAACAUCAUAAUGUAGAUGAACAACCCACAGAUUCCUGAGGCAAAAUAUUGCAGUUUAGACAUAAAAUAGACAACCUAAGGCCUGGGAGGAAAAGCCAGAGAGAGUGUUUCUUUGGAAAAUGAAGGCAGUCAAAAGCACCUGUGUAUAUGGGGAAAUGCCCAGGGCACAUAGCAUGCUCAGAAAAGACCUGAGAGGACCUUAAAAACUGGAAGAGGUGUUUUUUGUCAUUUUUUAAAACUCCUGACAUUCAAGGAAAUCUCUGUCAAAAUGCUAGCAAUUCACUAGAAGCUUCAGGCACAAGAUCAGUGAACUUGAAGAUAGGACGAUUGAAAUUACCCAGUCCAAGGGACAGAAAGAAAAAAGAAUGAAGAAAGGAGAACAGAGCCUAAGGGACCCAUGGGACACCAUUAUGGGAGUCCCAGAAGAAAAAGAGAGAGAAAGUCAGAAAGAAUGUUUAAAGAAAUAAAGGCCGAAAGCUUCCCAAAUUUGAUGAAAGACAUUAUCUACACAUCCAAGAAGCUCAAUGAAUUCCAAGGAGGAUAGAUGCAAAGAGAUCCACACCAACACUCAUUACAAUUAAACUCUUGAAAGACAAACAGAGAAUCUUGAAAGCAGCAAAAGAGAAGCAACUAGUCACAUACAAGGGGUCCUCAAUAAGAUUAACAGCUGAUUUCUCAUCAGAGACCAUGGAGACCAGAAGGUGGUUGGAUGACAAAUUUAAAGCACUGAAAGAAAAAAAACUGUCAACUAAGAAUUCUAUGUUCAGCAAAGUUCUUCUUCAAACUUGAGGGAGAAAUUAAGACAUUCCCAGAUAAACAAAAGUUGAGGAAGUUUGUUAACACUAGACCUACCUGAGAAAAAAUGGGGCAAAAAGAAGUCCUUCAAGUUGAAAUGAAAGGACACUAGACAAUAAUGUGAAGCUAUAUGAAGAAAUAAAGUUCUCCAGUAAAGAGAACUACAUGGGCAAACAUAAAAACUAGUAUUGCAUUUUUGGUUUGUAACUCCACUCUUUCUUUCCUACAUGACAUAAAAGACAAAUGCAUAAAAAUAAUUAUAAAUCUGUUAUUGGGCACACAAUAUCUAAAGAUGUAAUUUGUGACAACAACAACAUAAGGAAGGG